UUAAUGCUGUUUCUUUGGAAUGUUAACUUUAAUUAGCAUAAUCUUCGAGUUUCCUACUUUAAAAUGGGCACCGAGUCAUAUGCACAAUGUUGCCCAUAUUAAUCCUUUUUGAUAGACACUUGAGUCAGAUUUUCUAUUUUUAUAUUUGAUGAUAAGAUUUAGUUCUCUGUUAGCUGUAAUUCUUCAAGGGAUUAUAGAAUAGACUAAUUUAAUUAGUCCUUUGCUCGUUUCUUUUCUUCACAACUAUAUUUUAAUUCCAUUAUUGCCUCCAUGUUAGGCAAAGGUUUAGUUCCUCUCUCCUCUUUGUGACAUAGUCCUUUCUUUCUUCCCAUUUCCUCGAGUUCUUAUGGGCUAAGAGAGGGAAAUAAAUUCAGCAGAAUGCAGCAAAUAAUAUAAUGGAUGAAGUAAUCAAUUGAUCUUUCCCCAUUAUCGAAUCGUUUCUGAUUUUGUAGUGGGACGAAGGAAAUAUGGAGAAGAAAAGUGCUAUAUUGAUGAACAGGUAUGAGCUAGGGCGAUUGCUUGGACAAGGGACUUUCGCCAAGGUAUACCAUGCGCGAAAUCUCCAGUCUGGCCAAAAUGUUGCCAUCAAGAUUAUCGAUAAAGAGAAGGUCCUAAGGGGUGGUUUGAUAGAUCAAAUCAAGAGAGAAAUCUCUGUUAUGAGGCUUGUUAGACAUCCCAAUAUUGUUCAGCUCUAUGAGGUCAUGGCAAGCAAGACCAAGAUCUAUUUUGCCAUGGAAUACGUGACAGGUGGUGAGCUUUUCAGCAAGGUUGCCAAGGGGAAGCUCAAGGAAGACGUUGCUAGAAAGUAUUUCCAACAAUUGAUUGGAGCAGUUGAUUUUUGCCAUAGCCGAGGUGUCUAUCAUCGAGAUAUCAAGCCUGAAAAUCUCCUCCUUGAUGAAAAUGGUAAUCUGAAGAUUUCUGAUUUUGGAUUGACUGCUUUGUGGGAUUCAAGAAAGCAAGAUGGGCUUCUCCAUACAGCUUGUGGAACUCCUGCUUAUGUUGCUCCAGAAGUCAUUACCAAGAACGGCUAUGAUGGGGCUAAGUCUGAUAUAUGGUCUUGUGGGGUUGUUCUGUUCGUUCUUUUGGCUGGCUAUCUUCCAUUUAAUGACCCAAAUCUCAUGGAACUUUACAGGAAGAUCAUCAAAGGAGAAUUCAAGUGCCCUAACUGGAUUAACUCAGAGGCUCGGAAGCUUCUUUCGAGGAUUCUUCACCCCAAUCCUAGCUCAAGAAUCUCCAUUGAUAAGAUAAUGAGCAAUUCUUGGUUUAAGAAGGGUUACAAACAGAUUGAAACCCCACCAUCACCGCAAGGUCAAGCCAGAUGCACGUUGCUUAAGGAUGUUCAUGAAGCCUUCGACUCAUCGUUACCAUCAGAAGGCGUAAACAAUUCACAGAAAGAAGUAGCAGAAGAUGCAAGAAGCCCUGUGAAACCAACUAAUUACAAUGCCUUUAAUAUAAUCUCCCUGUCAAAAGGAUUUGAUUUAUCAGGCUUGUUUGAGAAAGAUAGUAAUCAACGGCUAGAGGCAAGAUUCACCAGCAAAGAACCAGCAUCAACGAUCGUGUCGAAAUUCCAAGAGAUAGCAAUGAUGGAGAGCUUCAAUUUUAACAAGAAAGAUGGAACAGUGAAGUUGCAGGGAUGCAAGGAAGGAAGAAAGGGGCAACUUGAAAUAGAUGCAGAAAUAUUUGAAGUUACACCAUCUUUUUUUGUGGUUGAGUUGAAUAAAGCAUCAGGAGAUACGUUGGAGUAUAAGAAUUUCUGUAACCAGGAAUUAAGACGUUCUCUUAAAGAUAUAGUUUGGGCAUGGCAAGGGAAUGAGCAGCAGCAAGUAUAACCUAUUAGCCACCCUUAAUUUGGGUCUUUUCUUUGGAUUGGAUAUGAUUUUUCUAUAAUUACCUCUAUCUGAAAUGAGUAAAUGUUUGUACUUUGCUGCUUCAGAACUUUCGCCUUUUCAGUUUUUGUUCUUCUCUUUUCCCUUUCAUUUGUUCUUUGAAACUUACAAUUUCAAUGCAAAUGGAUGAAAGUUUCACCGGCCAUAA